AUGAAAUUCAUGGUAUUAAAGUAUAUAGAGCAUUCGGAACGAAUUAUUCCAAACGAACCUUUGCGACUUAUUCAACGUGAUGAACAAUUUGAACACAUUGCACAAUUCAAAACACUUAUAAAAGCAAAGGAUGAUCCAAACGAUACCAGCUACUUUAUGACAACCAAAUAUUAUGAAGGAGGUACUUUAGGUAAUACCAAAUAUGGAUUUUCAUUUAACUUUGUAAUUUCAGUUGGAAAACAAUUAGUUCAAGGUUUGAAAGAUAUUCACAUGAAAAUGAGUCUUAUCCACAGAGAUAUAAAGUUAGAUAACAUUGCUCUUGAUCAAGUGGUAGUUGAAAAUAAUGAAAUUCAAAGCGCAAUCAUCAAGGUUAUUGAUUUUGAAAGUGCUGUUUCUAUUCAAAAUCAGGGAGCUCUUGAAGAAGAAAUGUAUCAUGCCACUAAAAGUUAUCGAUGCCCAGAUGAUAUACUACUUUCCACCAAGAGCGAGAUUUAUGCUCUUGGUUUGAUUUUAUUUAGAAUGUUGUAUGGUACCUAUGGUGAAAGAGACGAAUUGCACGUUUCUCAAAAUUUCAAAGGUCAACAAGAUUACACCGAACAAAUGAAAAAAAGCCUUGAUGUGAAUACAAGAUUACACAGAACAAUUAUGGAUGAUUGUAGAAUGAAAAGAUUAUUGAAAAGGAUGUUAAGUUACAAUCCCCACCAAAGACCAGAAUUAGACGAAAUAGAUUUUGAACUUAGCAUUAUUAAUACAGCUGUUGAUCCACCAAUACCACUACCGUGUCUUAGAAUCGAUGAAUCUUAUAGACAGAAAAGAUGUUUUGAACCUAAAUCGGUUUAUUUGGAAGAUAUUGCUGACAUGUUUAAUGUUGAUGUUCUUUCCAUGACACCUGAAAAUAUUCUCAGCUUUUGUGACAACAAUGAAUGUGCUGGAUUGAGUUCUGAUUACUUUAUUCAAGAUACAUGUGUUAUGAUUAUUUGUAAGAUUAUGAAUGUUGAACCACAUCCAGACAAAAAUCAAACACGUAAGCUUUGUAAACUUGAAAAGGAACAUUUAAACAAGUUGGGCUAUGCCAUGAAAGAAUUCGAGUUGAAUUUAGGACAAAACCUAUCAAGAGUCAACAAACUUUUUGAAAAACAAAGAAAAAACAAAAAUCCAAAAGAAAUAUUAGAUAUGGUAAAUGAGAAUCUUGAAGUUAAUCCAAAUUUGAAGAAAACAGCCAGUGAUAUACUGCAACUUGUAGAUAUGAUAAGACCACAGCUUAAUCUACUAUCGACACCAUCCUCAGACACCGAAAACAUCGAUGAUGGCGAUUCUCGUUUUCUGAAGUUGUUUCCAAUUUCAAAUGGUUCAUCAAGUCAAAAACCAACCAAAAUUGUAAAAGUGCAAUGCUUGAACGGUGGUGAUGAAAAAACUAUUGAUGUAACCAAUUUUGAUGUUAUGGGUACUCAAUGUCAACAGAGAUUUCAAAAUGAAAAACUGAUUGCAAUCUUGAAACAGAACAAAUUUGUUGAUUUAUUGGAAGAAUUGCAAGAUGGAGAAACAUACGUUGUUAUUACAAGAGACUAUUUUUUAAACAAGUAA